CUUCUCUUACCCCCAGGCCACCCUUGUAGGUCAUGGCCUCAGCACUUGCCUCGCAGGCGGUCAGCUCUGGCGACCUCAGGGAUCUCACAGCCCCCUCGGCCGCGGCAACCGUUCACCCUUCCGAUGACACCAUUCUCUCUGUUCUCCAAGCUCGCUUUCGUGCAGACCUACCCUACACCCGCAUCGGUGCCGCCAACCUCGUCGUCGUUAAUCCAUACAAGACACUCGCUAAUGUAAACGACGUGACCGCGAAGGAGUACGAGGAGAGGUCCUACAAGGACACGAGUUUCCCUCUGCCGGGCACCGCCCAGCUGCCACCACAUCUAUUCGAUCUUGCCGCUAGGGUGUAUCUCCUCAUGAGGAGACGAAUGGAGUCGCAGUCCGUCAUCUUCAGAGGUGUUACCGCCGCGGGGAAGAGUGCCAGCUCGCAACUACUCGUCAACCAGAUUCUCCGACUUUCUUCCCACUCGAAGAAGGAAGCUCGGCUGGCCGAACAGAUCAAGUCGCUCUCAACAUUACUCGAUUCCUUCGGGAACGCGAAGACGCUCGUUAACCCAAACGCCUCCCGCCACAGUCGUUACCUCGAACUCCAUUUCAACGAGCGUGGCCGUAUCCAAGCGGCGAAGGUGUUGACGUUCGGCCUGGACAAGUCGCGGCUCUCACGCCUCUCCUACGAAGAACGCACCUACCACGUUUUCUACCAGUUCCUCGCCGGCGCUACCCCGGAGGAACGCGACCGGUAUGCCCUUGAGGAUGUCUCGGACUACGCACUGCUGGCGUCAUCUGGCUGCUACCGCCUCCCCGCGGGCCCAUUCAGUGACGACGGCAUCGCCAUGGACGAGUUGCGGGCGGCGAUGAAGAUCCUGGGAUUCAAGCCUAAGCAUGUUUCUGCUAUUCUUGGUCUCCUCGUUGCCAUCCUCGCUCUUGGGAAUCUCCAGUUCGGCGAAGCAGAUGCUCGUGACGUCUCCGCCUACGUCUCGAACACGCCCAUGCUGGACCAAGUAUCUCGCAUGCUCGGCGUACCGGCGGAUGAGCUCAGCGAGGUUCUCACGAACAAGACGAGUUACGUGCGCAAGGAGCUGUACACUGUCAUGAUGAACGCGCAGCAGAGCGCCGCCCAGCGUGAUCAGCUCGCGAAGGAUCUCUACGCCAUCCUCUUUGCGUACGUGACCGAGACCGCGAACCACAAGAUUGCACCCAGCUCGCAGGACCCCCCUCCCUCGACCCAGAUCGUGCUGUUCGACCAGCCUGGAUUCCAGACAAAGGGUCUCCCGACUAACGCCUCGGUCUACUUCGGUGGCCCAGCACCCCUUCUCGGCGCGCAAAAUCAGGCAGGCUUCGAGGAGUUUUGCAUCAAUUUCUCGGACGAGCUCCUCCACUCCUACAUUCUGCGCAACACGUUUGAGGACUCCGUCGGCUACAACAGUCAACUCACCGGAGAUGGCGUCGCCCUCCCGGUUGUUGCUACUAUGGACAAUGCUGGUUGCGUGGAGCUCCUUCGCGGUGCUCAGCUCAGCGAGCGCGCUCACAGGAAACCGGGCGGAGUUCUCGGCAUCUUCAACAAGGCGUCCUCGUCCUACAGGUCAGGGAAGAGCACCGAGAAGAAGGAAGAGGAGACUCUGCAGGAGUUGGUAUCGAAGUUCGGGGUGCACGCCUCGUUCAUCGCCCCCGGUAGCGCAGAGUGUCCGGACAAGAUGACGUUCGGAAUCAACCACUACGCCGGGAGCUGCAGCUACGACGCCCGCGGUUUCAUCGAGAAAGACACUGACAUCCUCGACUGCGCCUUCGUGACCCUCCUCCGCAACUCCUCCGACCCCUUCAUCGCGAAGCUCAUGGCAGGCCCCAGUCUUGCGACUGAACGUCACUCCAAGGACGAGAGCAUCAUCGUCCAAGCUCAAGUCUCUUCACGACCUCUCCGCGCCCCCACCCCCAUCAUCGCGCGCGACGGCUCCACCGUCGCUCCCGGCGAAGAGCACUCCCGCCUUGACCCUUCCAAGGUUUACCCCAUCACCACGCAGCUCAACUACACCCUCUCCGAGAUCAUGUGGAAUCUCGAUCGUACAAGGCAAUGGUCAGUGUCUUGCAUCCGACCGAACGACUCGGGGACCUCGAACUCGUUCGACAAGCGACGCGUCAAGGCCCAGAUCCGCGCUCUCCUCCUACCAGACCUCAUCUCCAGGCGAAAGAACGACUUCAUCGUCGACUUCGAGCAAGCCCCAUUUUGCGACCGCUACGUUCCUACGAUCCGAGGUUCCGAAGCGGAGCGGAUCAGGCAGUGCGCAUCCGCCAACGGGUGGAAAGAGGGCGAGGACUACGUCGUCGGGCAUCGCAUGAUCUGGCUGACGUACGCAGCAUGGAAAGUCGUCGAGGAUGUUCUUCGUGCCCAGGAGAAGGACCAGAAGCGUGGUGUGGACGGCGUGGACGACGAGAGCGUGCUGCCUGACGAUGCGACCGAGUACACUCACCAGGAAGGCUCGCUCGCGCCUGUCGCUGGCGCGUACUACGGCGGCGGCGAGAGUGAAGACAACCUACUGCUGACACGAACGGGUACCAACGGCACCCACUAUCACGACCCUAACGCCAACGCCAGCUACCCUAGCAUGCCGGUGACUCCUACGAACCCGAAUACCCCUGGAUACGAGGCUGACGGCUGGGGCUCGGAGUGGGACAAGAAGAGCGGCGCUCCCCGAGAUAUGGCGUCGAAAGAGGCCGACAUCGUUGCGAAAGCGCCGAACACGGUCGAGGAGGUCCCUACCAGCCGGUCGCGUCGAAACUGGCUCUUCGUGGUCUGGGCGACAACCUGGUGGAUACCUGCCAUCGCUCUCAGCAAGAUCGGUCGUAUGAAGCGCCCCGACAUCCAACUCGCGUGGCGCGAGAAGGUGACCAUCUUCUGGCUGAUCUUCCUGUUCAACGGUAUCGUCGUCUUCUACAUCGUCGAGUUCGGUCGCCUCCUCUGCCCUAACUUCGACAAGGCAUGGGCUCUCAACGAGGUCAAUCAGCACACUGGCGACGACGACUUCUGGGUGACAAUCCAGGGUACCGUCUACGACGUGUCGAACUUCAUCCACGGUCAGCACUCGGACGUCGCCAACUUGAACAGCAACGGCGCCGACACGCUGGACAUCGUCGCCGGCCAGGAUCUCACUGGGUACUUCCCCAUUCCUCCUUCCCUCGGUUGCCCGGGUCUCGUCACCGACACGUCAUUGGCCCUCACCGCCGCCAACUUCACCCCAGAGGCGCCGCAAGCGAUGCACAAGUCCGGAACGGGCGGCUACUCGGGUUCGAAGCUCGCCAACCAGGACUGGUACACCGCGACGUUCUUGCCCAAGAUCCGCCAGUUCAAGAAGGGACCUUUGGUAUGGGAUAGGAACGCGGUCAAGGCGGCGGCCACCGACCCAGACAACCAACGGAUGUGGGCGAUCUACAACAACGCGGUCUACGAUCUCUCGGACUACAUCAACACUGUAGAGAUCAACACCGCGUCGCAGUAUUCCUUCCUGAACUCGGACAUCGUGGACAUCUUCAAGCAGCAGCCUGGUCAAGACAUCACCAAACCGCUCAACAACGUGCUCGCGGGUCUGGAUAGCACUACGCGGGACCAGAAUAUGCAGUGCAUCAACAACAUGUUCUACUACGGCGAGCCCGAUUUCCGCAAGGACGCCCGUUGUCAGGUGCAGAACGUUCUCCUGCUGGUGUUCUCUAUCAUCCUCUUGACUUCGAUCGGUGUCAAAUUCUUGGCUGCUCUGCAACUGUCGCCCAAACGCAACCCUGAGAUGCUCGACAAGUUCGUUCUGUGCCAGGUCCCUUGUUACACUGAGGGUGAAGAGUCGCUCCGCCGUACGGUCGACUCCUUGGCGGCGUUGAACUACGACGACAAGCGCAAGCUGAUCUUCAUCAUCUGCGACGGCAACAUCAUCGGUACUGGCAACGACCGCACGACACCUCGUAUUGUCCUCGAUAUCCUGGGUGUCGACCCGAAGCUUGACCCGGAGCCGGUUCUGUACAAGGCCAUCGGUGAGGGAUCGAAGCAGCUGAACUACGGCAAGGUCUACUCUGGUCUCUACGAGUUCGAAGGUCAUGUCGUCCCGUACAUCGUCGUCGUCAAGGUCGGCAAGCCUACGGAGCGCACCAAGCCGGGCAACAGGGGCAAGCGUGACAGUCAAAUUCUCGUCAUGCAGUACCUCAACCGUGUGCACUUCGACGCUCCCAUGGCACCUCUCGAGCUGGAGAUCUAUCACCAGAUGCGCAACGUCAUUGGUAUCGAUCCUGCCUUCUACGAGUACAUCUUCACAGUCGAUGCCGAUACAACUGUCACCCCCGACGCCCUCAACCGACUUGUUGCAAGCGCAUGUGACGAUUCAAGUAUCAUCGGUAUCUGUGGUGAGACCAAGCUCGAUAACGAGGAGGGCUCGUGGUGGACCAUGAUCCAGGUAUACGAGUACUACAUCUCGCACCAUUUGUCAAAGGCGUUCGAGAGUUUGUUCGGCUCAGUGACGUGUUUGCCCGGUUGUUUCUCGAUGUACCGCAUCCGGACAGCGGACAAGGGACGCCCCAUCAUCAUCUCGAACCGCGUUAUCGAGGAGUACGCGGAGCCAAUCGUCGACACCCUGCACAAGAAGAAUCUGUUCUCGCUCGGUGAAGAUCGUUACCUCACCACGCUCCUGCUCAAGCACUUCCCCACGUUCCGGACGAAGUUUACUCCCGAUGCGGUCGCGCACACCAUCGCACCCGAGUCUUGGCGUGUCCUGUUCUCGCAGCGUCGUCGGUGGAUCAACUCGACGGUGCACAACCUGUGCGAGCUGGUGUUCCUCCCUGAGCUCUUCGGCUUCUGCUGCUUCUCCAUGCGCUUCUUCGUGUUCAUCGAUCUGCUGGGCACCCUCAUUCUCCCGUCGACUGUCGUCUACCUCGUCUACCUCAUCGUCGUCGUGGCCACCGGUAACGCACCAUUGCCGCUCAUUUCCAUCAUCAUGUUGGCUGUGGUAUAUGGUCUUCAGGCUCUCAUCUUCAUCUUGAAGCGUGAGUUCAUGUUGAUCGGAUGGAUGGUGGUCUACAUCCUCUCGUAUCCGGUGUACAGUUUUUUCCUGCCCAUCUACGCGUUCUGGUGCAUGGACGACUUCAGUUGGGGUAACACUCGUCUGGUCAUUGGCGAGGGUGGCAACAAGAAGGUCAUCAUGAACGACGACGAGAAGUAUGACGACAGCAUGAUUCCUCUCAAGAAGUUCAGCGAAUACGAGGCGGAGGCAUGGGAGACAGGUUCCCGCCACUCCGACGAGACUGGCUACGGUAGCAAGUCACCUUCGCAAGGGCGCUCGCGUGGACCGCAUUCGCGUGGGCCAUCGCCUCGCCCGAGCUACCACCAGUCUCAAGCCGGCGGCGACUACUACCGGGACACGAACAUGACCAACCCUCAAGGUUCCACGUACCACCAGAACAACUCGCAGAGUAAUCUGUCACACUACGGCGGCGCACCACCCCAGUCCCAAUACGGCCUGCCUCAACUGCCCUUCAUGGGUGGUUUCGGCGGUUCCGGUUCCGUGCACGGCUCAGACUACGGCGGGCAGAUGCCCGUGGCUCACCCGAUGGCGUACCAGGGCACAGGGAGCAUGUACGGGAUGAUGCCGAAUGCACCGCGGAACACGGUCAUGACCAACAUGAACAUGUUCGGAGGCGGAGGAGACGUGCAUGGAUCGCAAGGCGGGUUCGCGCCACCGAUGGCGCCGGGCCUCAUGGGACAGCAGCGGCCAAUGUCGACGUUCUCGCUCGCGACGACUGUCAACCCAUUCGCAAGCGGACCAAGUCUGAACCCCGAGCCGACCGAUGAGGAGCUCGUCACGGCGCUGAGGGCGUAUCUCAGCACUCAAGAUCUUAUGACCGUCACGAAAAAGACUGUGCGCGAAGCGAUGCAAGCGCGAUUCCCGAAGGCAGACUUGUCGGGACGGAAGCAGUUCCUGAACGACUCGAUCGACACCAUUCUCUCUCAGUCAUAGACAAUCUCGGACUCGGACGCGCCGCCUGGUUGGCUGUACAUGGUGCUCUCGGAUCGCGGACUGCUCGCUCAUUGACAUUUUGGACUUUGUGGCUAUCCCCCCUCUCUCGUUGCAUCGAACGUUACGGCUACGGACUCGCACUCGCAUCAUCAUCCAUUUUAGCAGCAUUGUAGUAGUCGUCGGACCUAUCUAGUGAUUUCA